AUGAAGAACGCGCGGUGGCCGUGCAUCUCCGAUGAUCUCAUCGCUUACCGUAUCCUCCCUUGCCUCCCCACCAAAGAUCUCGUGCGGCUGCAAUGCGUGUCGAAGAGCUGGCGAUCCUUGAUCUUGAACGAUCCCUAUUUCGCCCGCCUCCAGGUCGCCCACGCACGUUCUCGUCCCGCUCUUCUUGUGAUCACCGAUAAGCCCGAGCCGAGCUUGUACACCGCAGACCCCAACUCGGUCGGCUUCCCGAAACUUUGCAAGCAGUUCGAUGAUCAACGGUAUUGGCACCCUCCGAAGAUCAUGGCCUCGUGCAAGGGUAUAAUCUGCGUUAGCCUGGUCUCACUUAGCUGGGACAGGAUGCUGCUCUAUGUGGGGAAUCCGGUGCUAAACAAUUGGAUACUUCUUCCUCCGCCUUUUGAUGACGAUCCGAUCGUGAGCAUCGGAUUGGCCGUUAAUGAGAUGGAAUCUGGUGUCGGCUACAAGCUCGCCGUGCCCUUUCGCCGUUACGAUAGUGACGAAUUAGUCAUGGAAGUAAGUUUCAAGGUUUUAGCUUCAGCGAAGGGCUCAUGGGAGAUUUCUAAGGAGAAAGUUCUGACGUACAGCUCGCCGUUUUGGUCGUUUAGGUACGUUACCAAUGUGGAAGGGACUCUUUUUUGGGAGCAUCACGAAAAAGCGAUAUGGUUUGAUGCGAAAGAAGAGCGUUGUGGCACAUUAUCAUUGCCAUCGCAAUUCAAAUACUGUAAGCAUAGACUGGGAGAAUGGAAUGGGCACCUCAGCUUCAUGACUACUGAAAAUGGGGAGAUUUCUAUAUGGUCUUGGAACAAAUCCUGUUGGUCCAAGAAGCUGUUGCUGACGAUCGAAGCCGUUGCUAGAGAAAAUUUUCACUUCUUCGCAUCAUUGGGCCUCAGAAUGAAUCUUAGAAAUCGAAAGUCUGAAUCAUUGGAGGCAAUUCUUCGAAGAAGCACGGUAGACAUUCUCACUUUUGCAGCUAAUUUCAUUAUAUUCGAAGUUAAUGAGAAGCGUAUCUGCUAUGACGCAAUAACUGGAAAAGCAUGGAGAAUUAGUAAAAAUUCUAUAAACAGAAAAUCCGGACUUUCUUAUGUAAACAGCCUCCUAAAAUUGACAAAUACGCGAGUUGCAGAGUAA